AUGAGAGCCCCGGCGCCGGUUGCGCUGGGUUGCAUCAGCUUGGUGCUGUGUCUGCUGGAGCUGCCCGCCUGCCUGCCCCUGCCCGACGGCCGCUCGCCCAAGCGCAGGGAGCCCCCGGACCGGAGACCCUCCCCAGCCUCGCUCCUUGGGGACCACCCGGGACCGCAGCUCCCGGCCCUGCUGCAGCCCGCCAGCAGCCCUCGGCACAGACUGCUCGUCCCACGCCAUGGCCCGAAGCUCGCCCCGCGGCACGGACCCCAGCUCACCCCCCGGCACGGUGCCCGCCCGGUUCCCCCGCACAAACCGCUCAUCCCGCGGCAGAGCCCGAAGCUCGCCCCGCGCCACGGACCCCGGCACGGUGCCCGCCUGGCCCCCCAGCACGUCCGCCGCCUCGUCCUGCGGCGUGGCUCCCGGCACCCGCGGGGCCGCCGGCACGCGUCGGGGCGGCUGCAGCACAUGCAGCUGCUGCGGGUGGGCUGCGUGCUGGGCACCUGCCAGGUGCAGAACCUGAGCCACCGCCUCUGGCAGCUGAUGGGCCAGUCAGGCCGCCAGGACUCGUCCCCCAUGAACCCCAACAGCCCCCAUAGCUACGGGUGA